AUAGCCACGAAAACACACACGCCUUGCUAGACCUCUUUCCUCACUUUCUCUAUCUACAAAGUUUACAGUUUUAUUUCCCAAAGAUAAAAUAAUUUCUUUUUUUUUUUUCAGUUUUCUUUUCCAGUUCAGUCAGUUUUUUCUUUUUUUAUCAGCGAAGGAAAAGGAUAUAGAAAGAAUAAUCAGAGCAGCAGAAAUGUCGGAGCCAAAAGACCCGGCAAUCAAGCUAUUUGGGAAGACGAUUCCUUUGCCGGAUAUCUAUCAGGGAGGUACUAGUACUACUACUGUUACUUGUUGUGGUGUUGGUGGCAUCGUUGUUGUUGAUGUUGAUAGUCAAGAUCAAGAUCAGGACUCUUCUCUUGAAGAGAGCAAUACCAAGGGAGAUGUGGAAGAGAGAGAAAGUGAUAAGGAUGCAGUGGGAGAAAGAACAACGGAGAGUAAAUGGGAAAAUGAAGCCCAAACUGUUACUUCCGAUGGGUCAUCAAAUCCUGAUACAACCUCUGGGAUGAGUGAGAACCAUAAGACUCCUUCUGCUGAGAAAGAGAAUGCUGCAUUAAAAACUUCAAAGACAGAGGAAGAGCAGAGUGAUACAAGUAAUUCACAAGAAAAGAGUCCCAAAAAACCUGACAAAAUCCUUCCAUGCCCUCGCUGUAAUAGUAUGGACACCAAGUUCUGUUACUACAAUAAUUACAAUGUGAAUCAACCCCGGCACUUCUGCAAGAAUUGCCAGAGAUAUUGGACAGCUGGGGGGACUAUGAGGAAUGUGCCUGUUGGUGCUGGUCGUCGUAAAAACAAGAACUCAGCUUCUCAUUACCGUCACAUGACUGUCUCUGAAGCACUUCAGAAUGUUCGAACUGAUAUUCCAAAUGGCAUGCACCAUCCUGCGUUGAAAACUAAUGGGACAGUCCUCACCUUUGGCGCAGAUACUCCACUUCAUGAAUCAAUAGCUUCUGUGUUGAAUCUUGCUGAUAAAACAGUGCAUUGCACAAGAAAUGGGUUUCACAAACCUGAAGCAUUAGGGAUUCCAGGUUCUUAUGGAGGUGUGGGAAAUGGGGAGAACUGUUCUAAUAGAUCUUCAGUCUUGGCAUCAAAUUCAAAGGAUGAGGCAAGCAAAAGUGGGUCACAAGAGUCAGUGCUGAAAAAUUGUCAGGGCUUUCCACCUCAGAUACCAUGUUUUCCUGGCACUCCCUGGCCUUAUCCCUGGAAUUCAGCUCAGUGGAGCUCUCCAGUACCUCCCCCUGCCUUUUGCCCUCCAGGAUUUCCCAUGCCAUUCUAUCCUACAGCAGCUUAUUGGGGUUGCACUGUACCAGGCACUUGGAACAUGCCUUGGAUUCCUCAUCCAUCUCCCCCAAACCAAACUGCCCUCAGCUCUGGCCCUAAUUCUCCAACCUUGGGAAAACAUUCAAGGGAUGAGAACAUGCAGAAAACAAACAACUCUGGAGAAGAACCAGUUAAAGAAAGUAAUGCUGAAAGAUGCCUUUGGAUUCCCAAAACAUUGAGGAUUGAUGACCCUGGAGAAGCUGCAAAAAGUUCCAUAUGGACCACACUUGGGAUUAAGAAUGACAGGGCGGAUUCAAUUGGUGGGCGAGGACUAUUUAAGGCAUUUGAAUCAAAAAGCAAUGAAAAGAAUCACACAACGGAAACCUCCCCUGUAUUACAGGCCAAUCCUGCAGCAUUGUCUCGGUCACUCAAAUUCCAAGAGAGCUCAUAAUUGGCAGCUUGCAAACUUGUAAAUUGUUCCUAGUGGUGCAAGCCAGAUCGUUCUUGUUUGGCUGACCAGCUAUGUAUAUUAAAGAGUCCUAUUUGAUUCACAAGCCUCGUUUGUAAGAAUCGGUUCUCACUGCAGCCAUGUUGAGAGGAAGAGCAUAGGAGAAAAAGUCAUCCUAGUUUAGGAGAAGUAGCGUCCAGGCAGGUGCUUUUUGUUUCAGUUAGAUGGUUUGCCAAGUUUAUGUAUAUAUUUAUUAAUAUGUAUAAAAUGGUGAGAGACCUAAAGCUUAGGAAAAAAGUUGAGUUUGUGUAACAAUAAUCCCAUUUGUAUUAAAAUAAAUUUGGGAAAUGAGAGUACAUCUUCUUUUUGUGGGCAUUUGUUCUCCAUAAAUUCCCAAAGGUGGUUAUCUUCA